AUGGAGGCCCGGGACUGGCGUUCACCGGACGAGCCCCUGCCCUCGGGCCGCGUCCCGCCGCUGCCCGCCCAUCCUCUCAGCUCCACAGCCUCGGUAGCCGCCGGGGGCGCUCGGGCCAGGUCCGGGGGAGGCGCCCUCCUGGGCACCACGCCGAGGGGCGAGCCCGGCCGGGCAGCCACGCCCCCACACCUAAAAGGUGGGGCAUCCGCCUGCAGCUGUGGCCUUGUCUCCCCAGGUCUUGGGGCCCGGGGUCCUGCCGGAGCUCUGCGCUGGGGGAGCUCACUCCAGGUGGGGGAUCCGGAAGCCCCCGAGGUCAUGGAGCCCAGCCGUCUUGUGAGGGAGAGCUCCGGGGGAGAGGUCCGAAAGCUGCAGCUAGACACCAGGGUCCGCCAAGAGGCGCCAGGGGGCCCGCCUGUCCACCUGGCUCAGGUGAGUUUCGUCAUCCCAGCCUUCAACUCAAACUUCACCCUGGACCUGGAGCUGAACCAUCAUCUCCUCUCCUCGCAAUACGUGGAGCGUCAUUUCAGCCGUGAGGGGACAACCCAGCACAGCACUGGUGCCGGAGACCACUGCUACUACCAGGGGAAGCUCCGAGGAAACCCUCACUCCUUUGCCGCCCUUGCCACCUGCCAAGGCCUGCAUGGGGUCUUCUCUGACGGGAACUUCACUUACAUCGUGGAGCCCCGUGAGAUGGCUGGGACGCAGGAAGCCCCCCAGGGACCUUUUCCCCACCUCAUUUACCGGACCCCUCUUCUCCCAGCCCCCCUCGGAUGCAGGGAGCCAGGCUGUCUGUUUGCUGCCCCUGCUCAUAUUGCUCCCCCGAACCGGCCAAGGCUGAGAAGGAAAAGGCAGGUCCGCCGGGGCCACCCCACUGUGCACAGUGAGACCAAGUAUGUGGAGUUGAUUGUGAUCAAUGACCACCAGCUGUUUGGGCAGAUGCGACAGUCAGUGGUCCUCACCAGCAACUUUGCCAAGUCUGUGGUGAACCUGGCCGAUGUGAUAUACAAGGAACAGCUCAACACCCGCAUCGUGCUGGUCGCCAUGGAAACGUGGGCAGAUGGGGACAAGAUCCAGGUGCAAGAUGACCUCCUGGAGACCCUGGCCCGGCUCAUGGUCUACAGGCGGGAGGGGCUGCCUGAGCCCAGUGACGCCACCCACCUCUUCUCGGGCAGGACUUUCCAGAGCACCAGCAGCGGGGCUGCCUACAUGGGGGGCAUCUGCUCCAUGGCCCGGGGUGGGGGUGUGAACGAGUUCGGCAACGUGGGAGCCAUGGCGGUGACCCUGGCGCAGACGUUGGGGCAGAACCUGGGCAUGAUGUGGAACAAACAUCGAAGCUCUGCAGGGGACUGCAAGUGCCCGGACAUCUGGCUGGGUUGCAUCAUGGAGGACACUGGGUUCUACCUGCCCCGCAAGUUCUCGCGCUGCAGCAUCGACGAGUACAACCAGUUUCUGCAGGAGGGCGGCGGGAGCUGCCUCUUCAACAAACCUCUUAAGCUCCUGGACCCCCCUGAGUGCGGGAACGGCUUCGUGGAAGCUGGGGAGGAGUGUGACUGCGGCUCCCUGCAGGAGUGCAGCCGCGCGGGCGGGAACUGCUGCAAGAAAUGCACCCUGACACACGACGCCAUGUGCAGCGACGGGCUUUGCUGUCGCCGCUGCAAGUAUGAGCCGCGAGGUGUGUCCUGCCGAGAGGCCGUGAACGAGUGCGACAUUGCGGAGACCUGCACUGGGGACUCGAGCCAGUGUCCCGCUAACCUGCACAAGCUGGACGGUUACUACUGUGAUCAUGAACAGGGUCGCUGCUACGGUGGUCGCUGCAAAACCCGAGACCGGCAGUGCCAGGCUCUCUGGGGCCAUGCGGCUGCUGAUCGCUUCUGCUAUGAAAAACUGAACGUGGAGGGGACAGAGCGUGGGAACUGUGGGCGCAAGGGGUCAGGCUGGGUCCAGUGCAAUAAGCAGGAUGUGCUCUGUGGCUUCCUCCUCUGUGUCAACAUCUCUGGGGUCCCUCGUCUUGGGGAUCUGGGGGGAGACAUCAGCAGUGUUACCUUCUACCACCAGGGCAAGGAGCUGGACUGCAGGGGAGGCCAUGUGCAGCUGGCCGACGGCUCAGACCUGAGCUAUGUGGAGGAUGGCACAGCCUGUGGGCCCAACAUGCUAUGCCUGGACCAUCACUGCCUGUCAGCCUCUGCCUUCAACUUCAGCACCUGCCCCGGCAGUGGGGAGCGUCGAAUCUGCUCCCAUCAUGGGGUGUGCAGCAAUGAAGGGAAGUGUAUCUGUCAGCCAGACUGGACAGGCAAAGACUGCAGUAUCCACAACCCUCUGCCCACAACCCCACCCACGGGAGAGACGGAGAAAUACAAGGGUCCCAGCGGCACCAACAUCAUCAUUGGCUCCAUCGCCGGGGCAGUCCUGGUUGCAGCCAUCGUCCUGGGCGGCACGGGCUGGGGAUUUAAGAACAUCCGCCGAGGAAGGUACGACCCUACCCAGCAGGGGGCAGUGUGA